GUUUUUGUAAAGGCAUCUGUAGGAGGUACUAAUCUGCGGUCCUAACUGACACUCACAUUUUGAAGAUGGCGGCCUCCAUCUCAGGAUUACUCAAACCUUGGACACCGAGGUAACAUCAGUUUUUAACAAUAAAGAAAUAUCUACUCAAUACUUACCGAUAUGUUUAUCUUUAAUGUAAUAAUGGGACACUUUGCAGCAAAUUUCACUUUAGAUUAAUGUCGUAAAAUAUGUUGUUACCUCAUGAACUGAAUCUGCGCUUGUGCUAAAAUAUCAUAAAUAUUAAUAUAAUAUCGAGUUUUAAAUUGAUUUUUGGUUUUUAUAGGCCUGGUUAUUCAUAGUUUUCUCUUAUAAUGUAAUAUUGUGAGGUAGUGUGAAUUUUUUUCCAUUUUGUGUUCGAUUGUGAGAGAUUCUAGUUGAUCUUUUCUGCAGUUUUGUGUAGGGGAGACCGGGGCUUGUUGUCACAUUGCAGUUAUCUUUGCCACCAGAGGGCGCAACUAAAAAAGUGGAAUACUAGUUUUCCUCCUUCACAUGGUCAGGGGUUGUGUCCUGUCUGAGAAGAGAAGAGAACAUUGGCCCUCAUUUAUCAAUCUUGCGCAGAUCUGAGCGCAGGAUUCAUCCUACGAUAGGACACAUGUGAGAUUUAUGAAAGGGUUUGUAUCUGACUAAUCCCAGUGUACGUAUAAUCAGGUCUUGAUAAAUGCGGCGGCUGAAAUCGAUUGUCAUAAACAUGUUUACACCCUUAAAUAUUCGUGGUUCAGGAGCCUCGCCCACUGAGGUCAAACAUGAAAGAGGAGUAAUCAGCUAGUAAAUAGUUGUAAGAUGUAUUGAUGCCAGUAAAUAUAUGAGUGUAAAAAAUGUGACAACAAGCCCCGGUCUCCACUAUCUUAAUGGUAAAUAACAUGUUAUUAAUUAUCUGUAUUUCUGUGUGUUUGCAGAGUGUUCCUGGUCAGAUGGAGCAGGUAUAACCCGUACUAUCUGGAACCAGAGGUCAGGAAGGAGGAGUACAACAGGCCGGAGACGGACCUGAGUCCAGAGGAGAUCGAGGAGCGGGAGCUGAAGAUUCACAGACCCAUCAAAGCAGCCGUCAACAGUGUCAGCAGCUCUGGCUAUAAUGAUCCCGUCAUCAGGUACAACAGCCACACAAACACUGCACUCAGUUUCUGUUGAGAUCUCUGCUCUUCAGGCGCUCAUUCUCCUCUUUUCUUCUCAGUAAAUUCAUCAACAUGAUGAUGAAACAUGGAAACAAAGUCCUGGCCAGAGAGAUCAUGACAGACGUAAGAAACAAAAGUCUCAAAAGAAAAGCUCCAGGAUUAAAGAUCACAGCAUUAAAACUCUCUCGGUGUCUAAUUCCAGACUCUGGAGAGCAUCAAGAGGAAACAGGUGGAGAAAUAUCACAAAGCUCCAGAGGGGAAGAGGGAGGAGAUCGAGUGUAACCCCUACGCCAUUUUCCACCAGGCUAUGGACAACUGUAAACCUAUUGUUGGGAUGGCCAGCAUACAGAAAGGUGGAAAGUACUACCAGGUGGGUGAGAAGAGGCAGAUCAGUGCUCUCUAAAUUAAAUUCUAAUGGCCACAAACGUGAAACCACAUCGCCUUCUGUGUUUCCCCAGGUGCCCAUCCCGCUUUCGGAAAACAGGCGGCGCUUCCUGGCGAUGAAGUGGAUGAUCACAGAGUGCAGAGAGAACAGACACAGACGCACACACAUGUACGAGAAACUCUCCCAGGAGCUGCUGGCUGCCUCGGCCAAAGAGGGGAACGUUAUCAAGAAGAAGUAUGAGCUGCACAAGAUGGCUGAGGCCAACAGAGCGUACGCUCACUUCCGCUGGUGGUAGAGGGAAACUCCCGGACUGAAGCGUGUCGCCGAUCGCUUUUGUAAAUAGUGAAGAAAGUGGAAAUUCUCUGGUGAAAGGACUGUGCUGUAGAGCAGCAGGAGAUCAUGACGGGGGGGACUUGGAUGGACUUUUUCUACUGAUGAGAAACAUAAACAGUCAUGUAUGGAUGUAUUAUUCAUUCACACACAGUCAACACAAAACACAGAGCUAAAGGAAAAACUUCCAAAAUUUAUUAGAACAAAUAAAUUUGCAUUUAAUGUACAACCCAGCCAUAAAAAAUGGAAUAAAAAUGUAACAGUUUGAUAAAACAUAGAAACAGAUAUUACAGUCAGUUCUGUCCCUGUUGGAGAGUAUUUGUGUCUGGAGGAUCCAAACUUCCCUCUGAGAGACCAGCACUCGAGAGCCUCGCCUCAGUUUGUCUUAUUUUCAGUGUCAAAUAUCAAAGAUUGUGUGAAAAGUCUCCAAACCUGACAAAAUAAAGGAUUUUAGGAGAUAAAUACAUCAUGACUUUGAGGU